AUGCACGAAACUCCAGAGAAAACACUGAAAGCUGUGAUGCAUAUAUCCAGAUCACUCUCGGGAACAGAAAGAAAAUACAGCCAAAUCGAAAAGGAGGCUCUAGCACUCGUCUUCGCCGUCAGGAAGUUUCACAAGUUCAUAUAUGGCAGACAUUUCAUAUUGAACACCGAUCAUAAACCAUUACUCACGAUCUUUGGUUCGAAAAAUGGUAUUUCGGCACAUUCUGCCAAUAGACUCCAACGAUGGGCAGUGAUUCUAUUAGAUUAUCAGUUUACGAUAAACUAUAAAUCAACCACAAGCUUUGGAGAAGCCGACGGAUUGUCGCGCUUGAUCGCUGGACAGCAAGAAAACCUCGACGGAAGCAACGAACUUCCAGACAAAGUCAUUGCAGGUGUUGAACUCGACAUCGAUGACACGAUCGACGAAGAUAUUUCUAAACUUCCGAUCACAAGACGAGAAGUAAAAACUGAAACUAAAGCAGAUUUUGUACUCGAACGAGCAAAACGCUUCAUAUUGGAGAAGUGGCCAAAAGUAGAUCAGAAUGAUCCAUUGUAUCCACUAUACUCCAGGAAAAGUGAACUGACUAUCGUAGACGAUAUCAUAAUGUUUCGCGAUAGAGUUGUAGUUCCCAAAUCGCUGAGACAACAAGUUCUCUCAACACUACACAACGGACAUCCCGGAGAAAAUCGUAUGAAGGCCCUGGCACGUUCAUACGUAUAUUGGCCAAACAUCGACAAGGAGAUCACCGACUUCGUAAGACAGUGUGACGACUGCCAACUCGCCAGCAAGAAUCCAACCAAAGUCCCUCUGGCGCCAUGGAAGAAACCAUCGGGACCCUGGAUCAGAAUUCAUGCAGAUUUCGCAGGACCCAUCAACGGUACCUACUAUCUCAUCAUUGUUGACUCCUACUCUAAUUGGCCAGAGAUAAUUCCAAUGAGAAAAAUCACCACAGAAAAUACAAUCGAAGUUUUCGAUAAUAUUUUCACUCAACAUGGACUCCCGGAAGAACUGGUUACAGAUAACGGAACUCAGUUCACUGCAAAGGACUUCGCGGAUUUCUGCGAAACACAUGGCAUCAAGAAAACUUUUUCGGCACCCUACCACCCACAAAGUAAUGGUCGAGCCGAAAGAAUGGUGGACACUUUUAAAAGGACUUUAAACAAGAUGCAAAAUGAUGGACCUGUCAAAAGGAAUGUGCAACAGUUCUUGAAGCACUACCGCACUACUCCAUCACAAGCACUUGGAGGAAAAACACCAGCAGAAAUGUUUACAAACCGAAAGUUUCGUACA